AUAUGUCUCAAGAUGGCGGCCAAUGCGGGAUCGAUGUUUCAAUAUUGGAAGCGCUUUGAUUUACAGCAACUGCAGAGAGAACUGGACACCACUGCCACGCUACUGGCCAACAGACAGGAUGAGAGCGAACAGUCUAGGAAAAAACUCAUCGACCAGAGCCGCGAGUUUAAGAAAAACACACCAGAGGAUCUACGCAAGCAGGUAGCUCCCUUACUGAAGAGCUUUCAGGCCGAGAUCGACGCAUUGAGUAAAAGAAGUAAAGAAGCAGAGGCAGCCUUCUUGAAUGUCUAUAAGAGAUUGAUCGAUGUCCCAGAUCCGGUCCAUGCUCUGGAGCUAGGUCAGCAGCUCCAGCUGAAGGUUCAGAGGAUGCACGACAUCGAGACAGAGAAUCAAAAACUCAGAGAGACACUGGAGGAGUACAAUAAGGAAUUUGCAGAAGUCAAGAACCAAGAGGUCACUAUUAAAGCACUUAAGGAGAAGAUCCGGGAGUACGAGCAGAACCUGAAGAGCCAAGCGGAGAACCUGGCCCAGGAGAAGGAGCAGCAGCUCCAUAACGACUAUGCAGAGAAAGAGAGAAAGCUUCAGGAGUCCCAAGAGUCCAUGGCCUCUAAACUGGAAGAGGCUGAUCAUAAAGCCCAGUCCCUACAAACAGCACUUGAAAAAACUCAGGCAGAGCUUUUCGAUCUGAAGAAUAAGUACGACGAAGAGUCCACAGCAAAGGCCGAUGAGAUUGAGUUGAUAAUGACUGACCUGGAGAGAGCCAAUCAGAGAGCUGAGGCUGCAGAGAGGGAAGCAGAGGCUCUGAGGGAACAGCUGACCUCUGCAAACAAGUCCCUGCAGCUGGCCACCCAGAUCCAGACCGCCCCUGACAUGGAGCAGGCAGUGGAGGUGGUGUCCCGCAGCAGUCUAGAGGCUGAGCUGAGCGCUAAGGAGCGAGAGAUGGUGCAACUGGUGGAGGAUGUACAGAGACUGCAGGCCAGCCUGUCCAAGCUCAGAGAGAACUCCUCCAACCAGAUCAGCCAGCUGGAGCAGCAGCUCAGCGCCAAGAGUGCGACCCUCAAGCAACUGGAGGAGAAGCUGCAGGAACAGGCUGACUAUGAGGAAGUGAAGAAAGAACUGAGUAUCCUCAAAUCCAUGGAGUUUGGGUCCACUGACAGUUCCACGGUGCAGGAUUCGUCUAAGCCACUGGAAGUCUUGCUGUUGGAGAAGAACCGCAGUCUGCAGUCUGAGAGUGCCUCUCUGCGCAUUGCUAACACAGAGCUAAGUGCGCGCUACGCUGAGCUGCAGCUGGAGUUCUCUGCGGCAGUGAGAACCAGCGCCGAGCAGAAGGAACUCAUCCUGAAACUGGAACACGACCUGAGCACCAUCCAGACCAUGUCCUCCCUGCCACGCCCUGAUGCCGAGGGUUCUGAACUGACUAACCUCGACAGGAUCCCUGAACCCAUCAAAGAGGCCACCGCUCUUUUCACAGGCAUGGGAGGUGCACCACAGACAGAGUUACCCCAGGGUCAGAUGGAUUCUCUGCUCUCCAUCAUCUCCAGUCAGAGAGAAAGAUUCCGCUCACGCAACCAGGAGCUGGAGGCAGAGAGUCGUCAGAUGCAGCAGACGAUGCAGGCCCUGCAGACAGAGCUGGACAGUCUGAGAGCUGACAACAUUAAGUUAUAUGAGAAGAUCAAGUUCCUGCAGAGUUACCCAACCAAAGCUGGAGGGACUGAUGACACAGUGAUGCGCUACUCCUCCCAGUACGAGGAAAGACUGGACCCCUUCGCCUCCUUUAGCAAGAGGGAGCGUCAGAGAAGAUAUUUGAGCCUCAGCCCAUGGGACAAAGCUACUCUCAGCUUCGGACGUGUCAUCUUGUCUAAUAAAACAGCUAGAACCAUUGCUUUCUUCUACACUCUCUUCCUCCAUCUCCUGGUCUUUUUGGUCCUGUAUAAAACCGCCUGGAGUGAGAGCAUUGGCAGAGACUGUACAGCAUACUGUGCUAAGAAGUACUCGGAUCACCUGCACCGUUUCCAUGAGAACGGGGACAAUGGGGAUAUGUGGCAGUGAUGUCACAGUGUCUGUGAGGGCAAGGACACACAUAGAACCUAUAGCUUUGUCCUUUCUUCAGCUUUCUGCAGUAACUCCUUUAGCUCACUAGAGGGUGAUCUUGCUUUUGCUUUUAAACUAUUGUAGCCAUUCUCUGUAAUGUAUACAGUUAGACUUUAAUGAGACAUUUAAUCUUUAAGUAAUCAGAAAGUAUCUAUUGAAAGUUAUACUGAAUCAGUCUGUAGUGAGAGCCAGUUUAAUUUAGCUCCUCUUUUUUCAGCCAUACUCGGAAAUGGCUGUUAAUUAUGAAAAUGAAUGAUGGUAAAUGGGAUACUAAAUAAAAUUGGUAGUGUAUUGGUAUGCAGGUUCUGGAUCCCAAUUUUUCUGGUGACAGGGCAUAUAGGUACCUUAUUUAUCUGAGCGCUGUCUAACUCGGAGGUGGACUUCCUAAGCCAAACAUUCAAAUCUGUCACUUUAUUCAGUGUUUGGUGUGUUGGGCAUAAAUUGAAAGAUAACAGGCCGUGGGCUCGCGUGUUAUUCACAAAACCGGAACCAUCAAAGCGAAAACAGGCUGGCGGCGUUUAGGUGCAGUUUGCUUUGUCGCUAAUGCUCACAAAACCCAUGUACUGUUUCCUGGGAUUGGAGGGGAUUUUAGAAAUUAUUUUCCUGUCCGGUUCUCAUCGUAUCUCGCGUGAUUGAAAGUCGAUAUAAUUUUAAUGCCGUUAACGUGUGGUUCUAAGUGGGUCACGGGAUUGACAUAUUUAAUCUGUCGCUCAUACUUUCUUAAUCGUGUAUUUCGCUACCUGCUAUUAAAAUAAUUUCUUUUUCGCAAGAUUCAAGUUUCAGAUUCAGAUGUUGGUUUUCCUAGUGGAAUUUCUGGACACAAAGUUACAUGAGGCCCAGAGCCUAGAGAGGGGUCAACAUGCCAAAUCAUCUCUACAGUUACUGUGUGAGAGAUUUUCAUUCACUGUAAGAGCUUAACGUGCACAGGCCACAGGCAUGUGUUCACCUAAAGGAUGCUGCAGAAAUGAAAGUGGAAGAAAUCAUUUAACCCACUUUUAAUCUGUUAGGAUCUGAUUAUUAAGAGCUUAAUCAUGCUGUAAAAUGUGUCAUUUGCGCUGGAAUGUCUGUUUUUCAUAGCUAAAAUGUAUCUGUUACUGUAACUGUCUUGCAUUCUUUUGCUUUUUUUGUUCCU